AUGGCCCCUGCGCAAGUUAAAGGCGACAUCCCGACACACGGCUCCACCUUCAUCAAGCACCUCCUGAACUACCCCGUCUUCAAGGACGGCGAUCAGAAGGCCGACGAGUACGGCCAAAAGUCUAUUCAGCUCGGCAACUCUGCCUAUAAGACCUUCGCCGCCCCCGUCCUGCCUGCCCUGGUUCGCCAAGCCCAUCGAGCCGAUGAGCUCGGCGACAACACCCUCAAUCGCAUCGAUGAGCGUUUCCCCAUAGUCAAGAAGCCCACCAGCGAACUCUACAACGAAGCCAAGGGUCUCAUCCUGCUGCCAUACACCAAGGGCCUCAAGGGAAAGGACCAUGUUCUCCAGGUCUACUCCACCGAGUAUAAUAAGAACGAGCAGGCCGGCUUGGUCGCCGACCUGGUCGCCCACGGCAAGGCGGUCUUCACGACAAUUCUCCUCGUUAGCAACGAGACGCUAAGUUGGCUCAGCAGCUUCGUCAGCGCCAAGAAGGCUGAGGCGACGCAGAAGGUCAACGAUAAGAUCAACCAGUAG